UUUUUGGCCUUGCAGGCCAAGCCAAAAAAAUUGAGAUUUCGUGUUAGGUCUUUGCACCAAAGUCAUUUUUUUCUCGUUUUACGUAAUUUUUUUUUUAAUUAUUUACAAACCGGUAGUGUGGCAGGCUUACAAUGUGGGGAAGAAGGCUCUGGCGAUGCGGUUCGGACAAAACUAAGUUGAUAAGCUGUUCUUCGGGAAGCAGAUUCCGGUGCAUGAAGGACAAGUUCUUCGAGGAGAUUGAGAAGCUGGACUUUGAGAAUGAUCCGGAAUCGCAGCGGCUGUACAUUAACAACUGGGUGGAGAACACGACGCACGGGGAGAUUACGGACCUGCUGAUUCCGGGCUCGACCACGAAGAACACAAAGCUGGCGAUCGCCAAUGCUGCCUACUUCAAGGGAACCUGGCAGAGCAAAUUCAAGCCAGAGGAGACCCAGAAGGAGAUCUUUUACGUUUCGAACGAGCGCCAGGAGUUUGUCGACAUGAUGCACGUCCAGGGAACCUUCAACCAUGCCGCCAACGAGAAGCUCGGAUGCCACAUCCUGGAGCUGCCCUACACCGGUCAGGACGAAGCGUCCCGCGUUUCGAUGUUCGUGUUCCUACCCCCCCCCCCCCUCCCCUACCGAAUCCAACGCACUGACAAACUCCUUGCCCGCCUCACCUCGUCGCCGAACAUCCUCUGCGGGGCAAUAACGAGGGCAUUAUUUCCGCGUCCCGUCGACAUGAAGACCGUACUGGGCCGAGGCAUGGGCAAGCUGUUCGAAAAUUCGGCCAACUUCUCCGGCUUCUCGAAGAAAGUCCAGGUCGGUGAAGUGCUGGUAAAGUUCAAGAUCACCGUCGCGACGGUGGCAUCCGCGACAGUCGUGUUCAGCUUCCGAUCGUCGCGACCUGACGAUCCAGCCAUGUUUCACUGCAACCAUCCGUUCAUCUUCGUCAUCUAGGACUACGCCACGCAGGCCGAGCUGUUCAACGAAGUUUACCACCAGCCAGAGUGAUUUUUGAAGCCGGAACGACCCCAGAAGAUGACUUAGCUGGAAACCAAGGAUGAAAGCUUCGAGGGAAGUACGUUCGAUGAGUUUUUGGUCAUGAUUACGUGGGGAAAUUGCUUGACCGUCUUGGUGCACACCAACGGGAGAUUCCUUCAGAACACGUUUCGGUCGAAAACGUGUCGUAUUAUUGGGAUUGGGAUUUUUCGUAAUGAAUAUAACAAAUGUGAACGGGAUUUCUGAAUAAAAUAAUAUCAAAUUUUUCAGUUGA